AUGACGUUCCACCGUCACUGGACCAAUUUUGUCGAACUCGUCUUCCUGCUUCACGCCAAUGAUCAUCUCCAGCAUAGGUCUUUGUGUCCGGUCAAAAGCAUGAAUAAUCUCGGCACACUUGCGGCCUCCUCUGUCAUACCACAGGUCAUUCUGGACAUUGUUGCCGGGUGCACUCCUUGGCUCCGUCUUUGUCUCAGCCUCUGCACACCUCCAAGACACCUGUCAGCUUGUGGGCGCUUGACGUCGGACGUCGUCUCUGAGGCAACCGGAGACACGGCACCCAGAAAUUUGCCGAGUCGGGAUGUCUACAAAUACACCUUCCGCUUGCACACCUCCUCCAGACUCACGCAUUUCAGACAUGUCAACAAUCAUCUCUUCCCUUCACUUCGGCCUUUAGUUGUCCUUCGCCAGAGUCAAUCGCACAUAAAGACACUCGGCAAACGAACGCGACAGCCUUCAUUCGCAUCAUAUCUUCAUCCCGGAUGCAAGCCCGGGGAGUGGGACUGUGAUGUGGCCGAAUCGUGGUAUACAUCAAAGGUCGGAGUGGGCCUGGCCCUAAGCGACCAGGUCGCCCAGACCCUUUGA